CCAUCAAAUCCUCACAACCAGCAGAUCACAGAUCAGUCCAAUCGAAAAUGUCCAACCAAGCAGCCUGGAUCAAAGAAUCAAAAGCAAACCCCGUCGUUGUUGACUCAGCCCCCGUCUACACUCCCGGCAAGGGUGAAGUCGUCGUCAAGAAUGCCGCCGCGGCAAUUAACCCCGUCGACUGGAAAAUCCAAGAUUCGGGGUAUUUCAUUAACACAUACCCCAAUAUCCUCGGUACGGACGUUGCUGGUACCAUCGAGGAGGUUGGAGAGGGUGUGACUGAGUUCAAGAAGGGUGAUCGUGUCCUCGCAUACGCCGCGUCUCUUGGACUUGGUGGAAAGCCCGAGUACGCCGGAUUCCAGAAGUAUACCCUCGCUCCUUCGUUCUUGGUUACCAAGCUCCCCGAGAACGUGAGUUUCGACGAAGGCGCUGUUCUGCCCCUCGGCCUCGCAACCGCCGCCCACGGUCUCUUCUCCGACAAACACCUGAGCCUUGUCCGUCCCUCCGGAACUCCCGAAGCUCCCCGCGCCAAGCACAACCUCUUGAUCUGGGGUGGAUCCUCAUCCGUUGGUGCCUCCGCCGUUCAGCUCGCGGCUCGCUCAGGCUACACCGUCAUCUCUACCGCCUCCGCACACAACCAUGAUUUGGUGAUCUCCCUUGGUGCUGCGAAGGUGUUUGACUACAAAGACCCCGAGGUCGUUUCCAAGAUCCAAGAUUCCGUCUCUGGCGGCGAGUGGGUCGGCGCAUUCGACGCUAUCUCCGAAGGCGGCUCGGUCGAGAAAAGCGCCGAAGUCAUCAAGACCGGUAAAGUCGCCACCACCCUUCCCCCGCCCGAAAACCUCCCCGAAGGUAUCCAGGCCUCUGGAGUCUUUGCGGGGUUGUUGGCAACGCAGGAAGCCGAGUUGGGCAAGUGGUUGUUUAAUGAGUAUUUGCCCGGUGCGUUGGCGGAUGGACAGGUUAAGCCUGCACCGGCGCCAUUGGUUGUUGAGGGUGGGUUGGAGGGUACGCAGAAGGCUAUGGAUACGUUGAAGAAGGGUGUUAGUGGAAAGAAGGUGGUUAUCAACCCAUAAGUAGUAACGUUGCGGAUUGUUGGGUGCGCGGGAGGAGUUGAGGGAAUGUUACGAUAGGGCUGAGCGAUAUUGAGGAAGGGCAUGAAUAC